AAACAACGACAUAUAUUAGCUAGAGUAGAAAAUAAGUUGAUCGGAAAUUAAAAAGGAUAAACAAGUUGUAUAAUUAAGUAAAUUUAUCUAAGUUUUUAAAAUUAGAUGGAGGGAUAAAUCCUUUUUGAGUCUUCUUUGUUUUUUAAGUUUUUCUAUUUUCAAUAACUUGUCACUUGUUGAACAACAGACAUAGUUGUUAGACAACUUUGAGAAUUGCGCAAGUUGUUUAACAAUUAGGUAUAGUUAUUGACCACUAUAUUUAAUUAUUGAACAAUUAGAUAUAGUUAUUCGACAACUACAUCAAGUUGUUUAGACAACUAGUUGUCGAACAACUAUUAAUUGAAAACGUGGGAGGGUCUAUUGAGUCAUUUUUUCUAUUUCAAAGUGAUGGCGUCGCUUUCAUCACUUUCACUAUCAACUUCUUCAUCGGAAAUCUCAAUUUAUCGGAAACUUUCGGUAUUACCGUUAGCUGUCAGUACUUUUCCGACGGUAAGAAAAUCCAAAACACAAAUAAAUUAUGUGGCAUAUGUUCAACCUCAUGAUUACAACAGACUGCAAUGUUCUUCCACAAGGUCUGCGUCUUUUAAUGUGGAAGGAACUGGAAGCACUACUUCACUUGACACUUCCGGGAUGGAGGCUUCCAUAAAGUUGUCUUCGCCUUUGUUUGGGACUCAAUCAUCCAGUAGUGAUGCACCUACUGACGAUUCAGCCACUCUUAGCAUUGCUGUUAUUGGGGCCACGGGUGUACUAGCCAGAACGAAAAUCUUUCCAGCGUUAUUUCAUUUGUAUUACAGUGGUCAACUUCCAGAGAAAUUUGGUAUAUUUGGGUACUCACGGAAAAAAAUGCCUGAAGAAGAUCUAAGAGCCAUAAUAGCACCAACUUUAAGUUGCCGCAUUGAUCACCAAGAAAACUGUGAAGAAAAAAUGGAUGCAUUUCUCAAAAGGACGUUCUAUAUUUAUGGAGGGCUUGAUAACCGAGAAGGAAUGCCAAAGCUCAAUACUCUCAUGGAAGAAGUUGAGGGAAACUUUGGAGCAAACAGAAUAUUUUACCUUUCUGUGCCUCAAGAAGCACUAAUCGACGUAGCAUCCCCUCUUGCUGAAAACGCUCAAACCCAGAGGGGUUGGAAUCGUGUAAUAAUUGAAAAACCCUUUGGUCUGGGCUCAUUCUCAUCUCAUCAACUGACCACGUCACUUCUUUCAUACUUCGCGGAAAAGCAAUUAUACAGGAUAGAUCAUCUUUUGGGGAGGAACACAAUCGAAAAUCUUACGGUUCUAAGGUUCUCUAAUUUGGUAUUUAUGCCAUUAUGGAAUCGAAGUUACAUACACAACAUAAAGGUUACUUUUUCUGAAGAGUUGGGCAUGCAGACCACAGUAAGAUAUCCUAAUGGCUAUGGGAUUUUAGGAGAUGUUGUACACAGUCACAUCUUCCAGACAGUGGCCUUGCUUGCUAUGGAGCCGCCUGUCACCCUUGACGGUGAAGAUGUUCGUUAUGAGAAGGUUAAGGUUUUGAAAUCAAUUCGAAAAUUGGAAUCAUCUGAUGUAAUACUUGGGCAUUGCAAAGCUGAUUCUGGAAGUAACUUAAAGGAUGUGGACAAUCUAAUGCCCACAUAUUUUGGUGCUGUUUUACACAUUGAUAAUGCACGGUGGGACGGUGUACCUUUUCUUAUUAAGGCUGGGAGGGGGCUCAAAAAGAACAGAGUUGAAAUUCGUAUACAAUUUCGUCGUGUUCCUGGAAACCUUUAUCAUAAAGACGGAGGGCAUGUGCAAAAUCUUUCUACUAACGAGCUGAUUCUGCGUGAUGUGCCUGAUGAGGCCAUACUCGUUAGAAUCAAUAAUAAAAUUCCAGGAUUAGGCAUGCACUUGGAGGCUUCCGAAUUGAACUUGCUUUAUAAGGACAAGUACAAUGUUGAGGUAACCGAUUCUUAUGAGCAGCUUCUUCAUGAUGCAAUAGAUGGAGACAACCAUCUAUUCAUGAGAAGCGAUGAGGUUGAAGCUGCGUGGAACAUUUUAUCUCCAGUUUUAAGUGAUUUGGAUAAUAAUAACGAGACUCUUGAACAUUAUGAGUUUGGUAGCAAGGGUCCAGAUAAAGCCGAUAAUCUCUGGGCUAAACAUGGGGUGAAGUGGUUGGAUGAUUAGUGAAUUUUCGAUUACACCAUUACAUACAGUUGUACGUCAUACAAUCACUGAAAUUCCCAGAGAAGGAAAUAGUAGAAAUCCACUCUCUAUAUUUGGUCUUCAUGGUCAUCGAUUGAGAUGGAAUCAGUGUGAAAAAACUGCACACCUGUUACACUACAGAAAAAGCCAUACUUGAGAUUGAUGACGCUAGCCUUUGAAAGUUGGGUUGGAAUUAUUGGCACCACUUGCUUGUUUGUUUUGGAUUUUGUUUACUUGAUGAGGUAAUAUGUCAAGCUGGCAUAGUGACAUAUUACUGAACUAACCAUUUUUGCUGAUUGCCUCCCAUCGUCAGUCCUUUGACGGUGGAUAUUUGUCGUUGUUUAUACCUAAUGUGUCAAGCUGGCACAGUGACAUUAAGUUUUGUUGUUGCUCUAGUCAAAUAAUCAUGUCACUAUAGGGAUUGAUCACUAUUUCGUAGUUGGGGGGUAGAAUAGGACAAGGCUUUCCUAACUUUGAAUGACACCACUAAGGUUGAAUAUAAUGCAUACAUACUCUAAUGAGAAGUUUGCGUGGUGCUGUAUUGAAUUAUUCUACUUAACUAUAAAUACUUUUUAAUGGGAAUCCGAAUUAGUUGGGAUCCAAAAUGGAUAACCGAUUCGGGUGGAAACCCAACGUUUGAAAUCUAUCCAAGGUUCAAAUGAAGCCGUGUUAGUUUUAGACGUGCAACGGUGCAAGGAAUAUUUAUUGCUACGUGGAAUUUGGGACGUAGCUAAUUGGGUUUGUGAAGAAACUUGUUAAAAAGGUUAACACGCAGAGUUAAACAGAAUAAAAGCACCUUUACUGCUUAUUACUAUACCUUAAAGCAAAAGCAAAAGCAAAAUCCAUUCAGAUGCCACCGACCUUUUCCUAGAUCUGCUCUAGAUUUGCUUUUAAGUUCUUUGAUUCUCUAUUUGUUAGUGAUUUGGUAUUCAACUCUUUGACUCGGAAUAACAUAAACAUGGCCAUUUUUGUGUAAAUUGGAAUCAUAAUAUGACAUGACUUGUCAAAAAUUAUUUUAGGAUUUAUGAUCAAACGCUAUCUUAGGACGGCUUGAGAAGGGCCAAAAAAAAAAAAAAAACACAAAAAAGGUGACAUAUCACAUGUGACGAUAUGGGCGUAGCAUAUAAUCUGGUCGGUCAUUGACAUAAUGGCUGUCGCAGAGAAUGAUGCAACCACUACAUUUUUUUUCGCUCUCUCUCAAAAUCACAUUGUAAAUUACAUAUCUAACCAUGGCCGGAAUUUCUUUUUUUUUUAAUCCCUUUCUAAAAGUUCUCUCGCAUUCUUUUGCUUUCCAAAUAACUUGAAUCAUAACCUUAGGGUUAAAGAUGAGAGAUGCUUACCCUUUGAGCAACUUUCUUUUGUCAAAUACUUUUUUUUUUUUACUUUCAAAUUAGGUCAUUAUAAAAUGUAACAUGAGGAGAAUGAAUUAUUGUGAUAAAAUACGUUUCUACCGUUAGACAAUUAUACUUUAUCAGUAAAAGUGGAUGGAUGGAGCGCAAUUUAUGUAUUUUUUGAGCAUUGCUUUUACAGCAUGAAUUCCAAGAAGUCAAUUUAAAUAUGAGUCGUUCAAAAAUGAUCAGCACCUUAUUUCUAUCAUCUCUCUAUUUUUGGAUCUUUUUUUUUCCCCUAUUAUCUAAAUUAAAAGAGCGUUCAAAUUUUUCAAUGUUAGGUACGUAUUUGGGAACUGUAACUUGUAAAAUAUUUCUCUUAUUUCCAAACGUAUAAUUUCUGCUUCAUUUUAUGGUGUUGUUCUUUUUUAUUUAUUUUUUAAUUGGAAUGAUCUCCUACUAGUUACAUUCUGAAUAGGAAAAAAUGAGUCUAAAAAUCUCUUAUAUUUUUCUUAAUAGUAAAUCAUUUUAUUACUUUUACGAACUUAUAUAAUAAAAGCUCAUAACGUUAAAAGAAUAUUUUCCGUAGGCUAUGAAAUCGAACUCCCCUUUGGAAGACCACCAUAUACGAUACCUAUGAAAAGGGAAAAGAAAAAAGUUAUUCAAUCAGUACCUACAAAAGGUAAUGCAGAUUACUGUGACGCCUAUGAUGAAGGGGACGAAUGAAGGUGGAUUAAAGAAUAUGCUGCUGAAGAAGAAAAUUUUACGUAAAGAAGAAUAAAGUGUGUUAUGUAAAGAUAGCAUAAGUUCACAUGACAUACAUAUUUUUAGAUUUGAUGACUGUCUAACUCAUAGGGUGAAAUCGCAACAUAUAUUAAGUUAAAAGCGAACAAUAUAUGUUGUGUCAUGGUCUAAAUUGUGACUGUCGGGAUGUAUAUUGAGUCGGAUCCAUAAUAAGAGAUGCUAAUUAGACCUGUUAACCCAUUAGUUUGUCCUUCUAAACCCCACCGUAUAAUAUAUAAUUGCAUCAUUAUAAGUGUUGGAUUAAUGAAGAUUUUCCACAAUAGUUUACAUUUUCUUUAGGGUAUCUAGGUUGUUAACAAAGGAAGUUCAUCCGCUUUGUGAGCAUUUUCAAUAACCAGUGACACGAGUCGUGGUUUGUGUCCACUUCCGCUUCCACCGUGGGGAAACUGAAAGUCCCCUAAGCUAGUAUUUUGCGAUUGAAAUACUACACUAACAAUGACUAAAUAGUUCCUCCGUCCUAAUUUAUAUUAUAUCUUUCGCUUUCUGAUCAGAUUCAAUAUGUUUGAAGCUAAACUGGAUUACAUCAACCUAAUAUUUUAAAAUUAAAACUUACAUAUUCAAGAACUUCAUGAAAAGUACCAUAAGUUGCAAAAUUUUCUCAUAUUAAUAUAUGAAAAACAAGAAAUUUACGUAAUUUAAUCUCGAAAAACUAAUUUACGUAAUUUAAUCUCGAAAAACUAUAAAUUUUGGCUGGUUGUGGAGCUAUCCUUGGACUAGGGGUUGAUUCCAACCCGCUUUGGUGAAAAAUCAUGUUAUAUAUAUAUAUAUAUAGUAGAUGCUGAAUUCCUUAGCUUAUGAACCCUCAAAAUCCUAGCUACGCAACUGAGUGGGGUGGGGAGUUGGUUGGGAGAGUAGUUUAUUAAUAGGUGGGGAAAACCUUAUCUUUCCAUAUUUGUUGCCUUGACCCCAUCUAUCAAUAUUUCUCUUUUUUCACAUUAAGUCAUGGAUAGAGAGAGAAGGAAGAGGAAGAAUUUGGAGAAUGAGAGAUUAGAAAAAGAACAAGAAGAUGAUGAUGAUGAAGAAGAAGAAAAUGAAGAGGAGAAAAUAGAGAAGUUUUUUGCACUUAUUAGGAGCACUAAAGACAUACGUGAUCGUUUGUUAGCAAGAAAUCAUAUUGCAAACAAAUCAUCUAUGAUUUUGGAAGACAUUAAUAACAAGGCAUCACCUCAUAUUAACAAGCCUGCAGCAGCUAUUGGAAUUUGUGGUAAUCAACGAGAUAACAUGGAAAUGGAUGCUGGUCCUUCUACUUCUAACUCCAAUAAACAACGACAAAAACAAGAAGAUGAUGAAAGAGGAGAAGGAAAAAGUUUAGGAAGAAGAGAAGAUUCUAAUGAAGAAGGAAAAAAACAUAUUAUGUUGGACCUCAAUCUUUCCUUGUAAGGUAGCAAUUUUAUUUAGUUUAAUCUUGUGAUAUCUAAAAUUUACCGAUCCGAUCAAUUUAAAUUCGUGUCAUGUAGGACCCUUUUAAUAAUUAGCUCUUUCGACCAAAAAAAAUGAGUCCUUAUUAAUAAUGUAGUUAUGAUAUGUAGAAAAUUUUUAUUUUUCAGUCAUCAAUGAUUAGUGCACCUUCUUCUUUUC